AUGCCCCCAGCGUUGGGGAGGGCUGGAAGGGGGUUCGGCCUGGCAUUUCUGGGGGGCCAGGGACCUCUUGUCCCCCUGAAGCCCCCCUCCCCGUCCCCAGGCUUGUUCCCCAGCCCCUCCCUCUCGGUGCUGCCCAGCCCCUCUGUGGUCUUGGGGGAGAAGGUGACCUUCCAGUGCUUCUCGGAGCUGGGGUUCGGCAUGUUCACGCUGACCAAGGAGGGGGGCGGCCCCCCGGAGACCAGGGCGGCCCAGGGGAACCAGGCGGACUUUGUCAUCUCGGAGGCGACCCUGGACCACCAGGGCACUUACCAGUGCUUCGGCCUUGACCCGCGCUAUCCCCAGGAAUGGUCCUCCCCCAGCAACGCCGUGGCGCUCAGCGUGGUCCAAGGGGGAGAGAUGGCAGCCUGGCCCUUACCCUGGCCCGCUCCCCAUUCAGAUGUCCCCAAGGACCACAAGCACUCCUCGGAAUUCUGGUUCGGCAAUCCCGGCCCCCAUUUCUUCCUCAACAAGCUGAGCUCCGAAGCCAGGCCGGGAGUCUCUCUCUGGGAUUCCAGCGGGCGCCGCCGCCUCGUCCACAUGGUCCUGGCCGGCCUGAUCCUCCUCGUUCUGGUGGCCCCCAUGGCCUAGACCUGGCCCCCUCGGGGAGCCCCCCACCGGCAGACAAAUAAAGAGC